CAAAAGUGCCAAAAACCUGAACGCACAUUUGAACUGAACCUCCUCGAAAAUUGUUAAAAGCUGCAUCUUCAACUUCAACCCAGUGAACUAAAAACCCCAGAUGAGAAAAACCCUGAAAAAACCCCUUUGUUCCAUUUCUGCAACUUCCAAAUCCAACAACAAUGGCACAAACCAAUAUUUCUCCUUCAAACUACCAAUCAAUCAAUCAAAUACAUCUAAGUUCCAAACAGGCCCAUGUUAUUCAGACCCAUUUUCUUCAUAUUUUCCAUUUUCCCAAUUACCCAAAUCAAAAAGAUCCAAUCUUUACUUAAAUUUCACUUCAAACCCCAAAAGGCUAUUUUCUACUCUUAACAUCCCACCUCCAGAAUGGGUAAAUCCAUUCAUUGAUCUUUCUGAUUUAGUUACAGACCCUAAAGAUCUCAAAAUAUCACCAUGGGUCCCACAAAUUUUGAAUCUUUUAGACAAUUCACACUCAAUGGAGCAGAAUUUAGAUGCUUAUUGUUGCAAAUUUUUGAUCAAAUUAUCUCCUAGUUUUGUUGCAUAUGUGUUGAAGUCAGGUGACCUUGCUGGUAAGCCUGAUAUCGCGUUUCGUUUCUUUUAUUGGGCUGGUAAGCAAAAAGGGUAUGCUCAUAAUGUUGAAUGCUAUGUGUUUUCAAUUCAGAUUUUAUCUGCUUCGCGCGAAUUGGAUAGAAUUAAGCACGUGUUUAGUGAAUUUAAGCAUAAAGGUAGUGGUUUGUUGAUGAAUGUCGGGGCGGUUAAUUCUUUGAUUAGGAGUUUCGGAGAACUUGGGAUGGUUGAAGAAUUGUUAUUUGUGUGGCGUCGAAUGAAAGAAAAUGGUAUUGAGCCUAGUUUGUAUACCUAUAACUUUUUGAUGAAUGGAUUGGUUAAUUCCAUGUUUAUUGAAUCGGCUGAACGCGUUUUUGAGGUUAUGGAAAGCGGGAAAGUUAAUCCGGAUAUUGUUACGUAUAAUACUAUGAUUAAAGGGUAUUGUAGAUCAGGGAAGCUUCAAAAGGCAAUGGAGAAAUUUAGAGAUAUGGAGGUUAGGAAAGUGGAAGCUGACAAGAUUACGUACAUGACUCUGAUGCAAGCAUGUUAUUCGGAGGAGGAUUUUGAUUCUUGUUUGGGACUUUAUCACGAAAUGGAGGAAAAGGACUUGGGUAUUCCACCACACGCUUAUACGUUAGUGAUUGGAGGGUUUUGUAAAACUGGGAAGGUUUUGGAAGGGUUAACUGUUUUCGAGAAUAUGAUCAAGAAGGGUUUUAAACCUAACCUGUCGAUUUAUACUGCUUUGAUUGAUUCAUACAUGAAACUUGGAAACUUGGAUGAGGCGAUGAGACUUUUCGACAGACUGAAGAAUGAAGGAUUUGAACCAGAUGAGGUAACAUUUGGGGUUAUUGUAAAUGGUUUAUGCAAGAGUGGGAGGUUGGACGAGGCAAUGCAGUGGCUCGAGUACUGUCAAAAUAACAAUGUAGCUAUCAAUGCCAUGUUUUAUUCAAGUCUUAUUGAUGGUCUAGGAAAGGCAGGGAGAGUUGACGAGGCCAGAAAACUCUUUGAGGAGAUGGCCGAGAAGGGAUGUACGCGUGACUCUUAUUGUUAUAAUGCGCUUAUUGAUGCCUUGGCCAAAAAUGGGAAAAUCGAUGAAGCUUUGGUGCUUUUUAAGAGAAUGGAAGAGGAAGGUUGUGAUCAAACAGUUUAUACAUAUACAAUAUUGAUCAGUGGCUUGUUUAAAGAGCAUCAAAAUGAAGACGCAUUGAAAUUGUGGCAUAUGAUGAUUGAUAAGGGUAUAACUCCAAAUGCCGCUUCUUUUCGAGCCCUUUCAACUGGGCUUUGUCUUUCUGGAAAGGUGGCAAGAGCGUGUAAGAUAUUGGAUGAGCUUGCACCAAUGGGUGUUAUCCUUGAGACAGCUUUUGAAGAUAUGAUUAAUGUUCUGUGCAAGGCAGGUCGUAUAAAACAGGCUUGCAAAUUAGCUGAUGGGAUUGUGGAUAGAGGUCGAGAAAUUCCUGGAAAAGUUCGUACCGUCUUGAUUAAUGCCUUGAGAAAGACAGGGAAUGCUGAUAUGGCAGUGAAGCUGAUGCAUAGUAAGAUUGGCAUUGGAUACGACAGGCAGGGUAGUAUUAAAAGGAGAGUGAAGUUCCGAGUGCUGGUGGAAAGCUGAGGCUAAAGCUGGAUAGCGGGGUUACUAUUGGGACAUUCAAGAAUGUUAUUGUGCUACUAUCAUGGGAGCGUGUUGGUAACGCAAUGAUGGUUGUUACGUUCCUGUUUGGUCAAUGUAAGGCAAAAUCAAUGAUGUGAUCAAAUAAGCAAUGAAAAUGCCAUUUGACAAAGCAAUGCAUAUCUGCCACUUUAUGGAGUUCUAACAAGCAAAUAAAGAGUUUCAACUUCAUUCAUUGUUGCAGCAUCGCUGGGGAGCUUUGGAGUAUUUUGUAGAAAGAUUUUUUCGACUCCAGCUUCAUGUAGUGCAUCAUCAUUGAGGAGUUUUGACUCUUAUUAAUUGAAACGCCACUAUUUUCGACUUCCAUUGCAUGUUGAUAGAGAAGAAAUCAAUGACUCAAAACUUACAGGGUAAUGAGGGAGGUUAAAAAGCAUGCACACGAAGAAAGACGCUUGAUCGCGAGAUAUGUUGUUCAAGAGUUUGUAGAGAAAGAUUAAUUUGUUGUUGUGGAAGAUGUUGUAAGAAAAGUCAAGGUAGGUUAAAGUGUGUAUGCAUUAGUUAAUUACUUCAGAUCGAACAUGGUUGAAGUUAAUAAAUGUACUUACAAGCUUUUUGCAAGCUAAGUCUAUCUUCUUAUUCAUAGUCUCAGGCUUUGUAAGGCAGAUUCACUUGUUCUUCACUGCUCAUCAGUUCACUUUUAGUUUCAUUCUUCUUUUUUUGUUUAAGUAACAGUAGUGUCCAGGCCAGCUUGUGGCGCAUCUCGAUUAUUGCACAUUGUACCUUUUACCUCCAACCAUCACAAGUCUUGCUAACUCGGUCCACCAAAGCUUAAGCUGAUGGAAUGAAAUUGAUUCUGCUUUCAACCCUAGCUAGGCCACACCCUUGGUUUAGUAUUCAUUAUUUUAAUAAACAGCCCAUUCGAUAAUAUUUAGGCAUUGAUUCAGUUGUUUUUAUGCUUCUUUACAACAUCAUAUGUAUAAUUGGUUGCAAUUUGGCACUCCUGUUAUUAUGAUAUCAAAUAUACAAUUAGUUGGACUUUGACACUAAUGUUUUAGUUGCUAUAUUUUGUCUUCCUUUGCCAAACCAUGCUUUUGUGAAUUGAAAUCUUUCUUAUAUGUUAGAAUCUACAUGUCCCAACACCAAUCAGCAUGCUGGCUUUAUGGCAAUACUCACUUGUUCUCAAUGCACUCAGUACUAAAUGCAGGAACACAAGAAGAAUUAAGUCAUAUGGAGAUAGGUAAGUGGGUUGAGCCGGGGGUCUAUCAGAAACAACUUCUCUACCUUCACAAGCCACAACAUGCGGAUUCUUUGUUGACGGGAUAUGCCAAAGUGGUUCAGAUAUAGCAACAGAACAGUGGAACUGAAAAGAAGAACGCGUCCAUGCUGUCCAUGAGUUUGAGUACAUGAGAUGAGUAUCAAGGAGAAAUUCGCGUUUGGAGCUACUCACCAUAAGGAGCUGCCUUUCAAUUAAACACAUACAUUUCUUUAUCAAGGAAGAUGCUAUCUUUUAUUGGCUUUGUGAAUUUAACUUUGUAUUAGGAUCACAAAAUGAAAGAUAUGGUAUCUGAAUUUUCGAAAGUGGAGGAAGCCAAACCAUGUCUUGAAAGGACAUAUAUCUUUUUUA